CUAAAUAAAAGAUCAUUGGAUACAUAUACUGGGUGUCCACAAUAUACUGAAUAUGAUUAGGCGUUACUGUUUGUUACUAAGCGUGCUUGAAUUAUUCAGAGCUGACAUGCGCAGAAUAAACGAAAACUGAUCAUCUAACAAGCUAAAUGUAAAUAAAAGAGAAUAUUUAAGAUAAAUUUACAAGGAAUGUAACUUUAAGUAUAAUUCACAAAGUAUACAUCCAUCAACGAAUCUUACAAGUAGAAUAUUAAUCGUACUUUCUUGGUUUCCUUGUAUUACAUGUAUAUAUAAAUGUAAGACAAGUAGUUUGUUUGAAAUUGUGGAUAUGGCUAUGUCAAGUAUUUUGUUGAUACGAAAAGGUUUUUCAAUCAAUGGUUUUAGAAGUUUAUGGACUUGUAGGACAUUACUCACUAAUCAGACUGAAGAUGGCAAUACGCAACAAACAAAUCAGCAAUGUACCAAGGAAAGUGAGGAAGAAUAUGAAAAAAAUAUCAAAUCAAAAAUUCUUGCUGCAUCUUUAAAGUAUGUUCAUGAUCUAGGAUGGAGUCAGCAAGCUAUUAGUGCUGGUGCAGAAUCUAUUGGAUAUCCUGGGGUGAUUCAUGGAUUAUUUCCCAAUAAAGGGGCAGAUCUGGUCCAAUACUUUUAUUUAACAUGUAAUACAGAGUUAAAUAAGAUCCUUAUGAAACAAACAGAUGCUACAGAAGAAAAUAAUACCAAAGAAAAAAAGACAUUAGAAUCACAAGUUCGCGAUGCUGUUGAAAUAAGGCUUAGAAUGGUGAUUCCAUACAAAAAAACAUGGCCCCAAGCUUUAGCUCUUAUGGCACUUCCACCUAAUGCACCAAUGUCAUUAGCUAAUUUACUUACUUUAGUAGAUGACAUUUGUUAUUAUGCCGGUGAUAGAUCGGUCGAUACCAACUGGUACACUAGAAGAAUAGUAUUAGCAGGCAUCUAUAAAACCACAGAACUAUAUAUGCUGCAAGAUAACAGUGUAGAUCAUAAACAGACUUGGAACUUCUUAGAAAAUCGUAUAAAAGAUGCAGCACAAAUUCAUGCAUUUUUUACAACUUCUGAUAUGGCCCUACCAGAUCAAGCUUUGAAUCGUAUUACUGAAACAGCAAGCGCUGCGUUUAUUACAGCACGUAAUAUACUCGGACUGAACUGGAAUAGAUAAAGUAAAUUUCAAGUAGAAGAAAACAAAUGUCGACCACUUAUAGAAACGAUACUUCAAAUAUUUUCUUUUUUUAUUAAUUUAGUGUAAAUGAAGAUACAUUUAAAAGACUAUGUAUAUAGUUUCAAUUAUACAGUGGGAAUAUUAACAAGAAAGAAACAUUUAAGUUAAAUUAACAAUCAUAUCUAAUUUAUUUUAAUAUCAUAGUUUAACAAAUUCUGUACAUUUGAAGUCGAACUCAAUAAAUAUGAGCAAUUUUUGUGCAAGAUAUAAAGGUAUAAAUUGUUACAAAGUAUAGAUCUAAUAAUAUUUAACAAUUACCCUGCAAUACUACAGUAAUUAAGGCAGUAUGAUCCUUUAUU